AUAGACCAUGGCUGAUUAAUAGCAAGGUCAAAAUCUUCCCUUAUUGAUUAUUCAAUCACGUAACAUGAAAAUAUGACACCAAUGUUCCAACUUUAUAUGCAAAUGAAUCUUCAACAUACAUAACAUCCAUCACAUAAAAACAUUCGAGUCUCUAUCUAUUAACACAACUUUACACAUAAUAAAGUUAAAAUUCUAACCCAAUAAAUUCUACAAAUUUAUAAUUCCUUUCAUAGUUUAAUUUACUAUUGUGUCUCAAAACAUUCACAAACAUGGCUACUUCUACUCAUGUUGACAAAGAUAUUGAUGAACCUUUACUAGUACCUAGUGAACCAACACCAAUACUAUUAUCAUCAUUCACUCAUUCAUUUGGUUCAAAGCAUGAAUCAGAUGGUGAACUUGAAAGAAUACUCUCAGAUACAAGUGUUCCUUUUGUGAAACGUAUUAAACUUGCUACAUGGGUUGAAUUUAAGCUACUUUUUUACCUAGCUGCACCUUCUGUAAUUGUGUACCUUAUCAACUAUGUGAUGUCAAUGUCUACUCAAAUAUUUUCUGGUCAUCUUGGUAAUUUGGAGCUUGCUGCUGCUUCCCUUGGAAAUAAUGGUAUCCAAAUAUUUGCUUAUGGACUCAUGUUGGGCAUGGGGAGUGCUGUUGAGACACUAUGUGGACAAGCAUUUGGAGCAAAAAAAUAUGAAAUGUUAGGCAUAUAUUUGCAAAGAUCAACAGUGCUUCUCACAAUAGCCGGUUUAAUUUUAACAAUAAUAUACAUAUUCUCCGAACCAAUUUUAAUAUUUCUAGGAGAAUCACCAAAAAUUGCAUCAGCAGCAUCCCUUUUUGUCUUUGGUUUAAUCCCACAAAUAUUUGCCUAUGCUAUAAACUUUCCAAUCCAAAAAUUUCUUCAAGCACAAAGCAUAGUAGCACCAAGUGCAUACAUAUCAGCAGCAACAUUGGUUAUUCACCUUGUGUUAAGUUAUGUUGUUAUCUACCAAAUUGGGCUUGGUUUAUUAGGUGCUUCAUUGGUUUUGAGUAUUUCUUGGUGGAUAAUUGUGAUUGCACAAUUUGUUUAUAUUGUGAAGAGUGAGAAAUGUAAGCAUACUUGGAAAGGGUUUAGUUUUCAAGCAUUUUCAGGGUUGCCAGAGUUUUUUAAAUUGUCAGCUGCUUCAGCUGUGAUGUUGUGUUUAGAGACUUGGUACUUUCAAAUCUUGGUUUUGCUUGCUGGGUUACUUCCUCAUCCUGAAUUGGCUCUUGAUUCUCUUUCUAUUUGUACCACAGUGUCUGGAUGGACGUUCAUGAUCUCAGUUGGAUUUCAAGCAGCUGCAAGUGUGAGAGUGAGCAAUGAAUUAGGAGCAGGAAAUUCAAAAUCAGCUUCAUUUUCAGUGGUGGUGGUAACAGUGAUUUCAUUCAUAAUAUGUGCAAUUAUAGCACUUGUGGUGCUUGCAUUAAGGGAUGUUAUCAGCUAUGUCUUCACAGAAGGUGAAGAGGUUGCUGCUGCUGUCUCAGAUCUCAGUCCACUCCUUGCUCUUGCCAUUGUCCUCAAUGGCGUUCAGCCUGUCUUAUCUGGGGUGGCCGUUGGAUGUGGAUGGCAAACAUUUGUUGCAUAUGUAAACGUUGGUUGUUAUUACGGACUUGGCAUACCGUUGGGUGCAGUUCUUGGUUUCUAUUUCAAAUUUGGUGCCAAGGGAAUAUGGUUGGGAAUGUUAGGUGGCACAGUUUUGCAAACAAUUAUUUUAAUGUGGGUAACAUUUCGAACGGAUUGGAAUAAUGAGGUUGUAGAAUCAAAUAAGAGGCUAAACAAGUGGGAGGGCAAGACCGAGUCACUCCUCAAGAAUUGAAGCUCUUAACGAUUUCACAUCGUGAUUAAUUGAUCAGAAGUCCAAAUAAGUAUAUAGAAAAGUAUUUAAAAAAAUAGUCGAAUGAGUGAGUGUCGCGAUAUAGAUAAGCGGAUUUUUUUUUGCUUUUUGAAAAAUUAAAAAAAAUAAAAAUAAUUAGUUUGGAAGUUUGUACUUUAUUUAGGAAAAAGUUUGUCUUAUCUACUCUGAGUAAUGUAUUGUGUAAAAAUCACACUCUUAGUAAUAUUUAUUUUUAUAAAAUAAAUGUAUCAUGAUUUAUGAAGUUAAGGUAUGCACAAUACCCGCAAAUAAGAACAAGGCUUUACGCAUAA